AUGAUCCGCCGCCUCAUUUUCUUGCGCCUGGUGGGGCCUCGGAAUCUGCUGCGCACAUUUGCCCAAAGCCCAGCACGUCGUACCGAGUUCCGUGGCCGACCACAAGUGCCCUUCCUCUCCGUCACCACCAGUCGCGGCGGCGGACGGGUGCGCUAUCUCACCACCGAACGGCGAGCCCAGCUCAAGUACGAGAUCAAGACGGGAAUCAAAUACACCGGCUACAUAUGGAUUGCCGGCGCCUCCUUCCUCGCCAUCUGGUUCGCCGUCGUUCAGGAGCGCCUCGAGCGCAGGUAUCCCACGCCCCACGAAUGGAGCUAUAGGACGCGCAUGGAUUUCCGCGGUGGGAACUGCGCGCGGUUUGAGCCGGAGCCAGGCCAAAUUACCGAUUGGCUGCAAGUCGCGUCGUGGUUUGAGACGACCGUCAGCCGGCUGCAUGAUCCCGCUAUCGACGGGCAGGGCGUCAAGGAUGCGCCGGGUGACUGCCCCCCGGGGACGAAGGACAUUACCGAGAAGUCGGAGGAGUGGCGGAUGGGGUAUUACGAGGUGUUAAUGGGGUUCGCCAAAGCAGCCGAGUACGUCGACGGCUGGGUGCUGGACAAGUCAAGAAACAUCGUCUUCCCCGCGGGCACCAUGAUCGGCCCCUCCAACCCUUUCCCCAAACCCCUCCCCCCCGGAUUCAAAGGGGCCCCACGCGAAGAAGACUGCUCAGUCCGCUUCGACUCCCCCGACCUCCACUACCUCCGCAUCCUCUCCACCCCGGGCUUCACCAACCGCCAAAAAAUCGACGCCGGCCUCGCCUACGCCUCCUGGCUCGACUUCAAAGGCACCACGGGCCCAGCCUCCCUCAUCCUCGAAGACACAAUCCACCUCGCCGCCACCGAACGCCCCAACCUCCCCUCCCCCCCCUUAAACCCCCAAACCUACACCCUCAACCCAUCCGCCGGCCCCGCCUCCGAAAACCUCCUCACCGCCCUCACAGCCUACGCCACCUUCCACGCCCGCCACGGCAACCUCACCACCGCCCUUCCCAUCUUCGUCUCCCUCCUCCGCGCCCGCCGCACCACCCCCCAACUCAACACCGACACCCCCCUCACCGCCGCCCUCGCCCACCAAACCCCGCGCUCCCUCAGCAGCCGCCGCUACGCCGACCCCGACCGCAGCAUCUGGUCCCAACUCACGUCCUUCUUCCUGCCCCCCGCUUACCCCCCGCCUCCACCAGACGGCACCGCCCCGCCGCUAAGGGAUAGCUUAGCGCUGUGUCAGGAGGCAGCGCUGUCGUUGCAUAUAGGCGAGAUCAUGUUCGCGACGACGACAUCGGAGCGGGAGAGGGAGGAGGCGUUGGGGUGGACGAGGGAGGCGGUGGAUAUGGCGGAGGAACAGUUACAUCGGGCGAAACCGCGGGAACAGGUUCACCAUUUACCUGGGGAUGAUCCGGCGAGGACGGCGUGUAGGGAGUGUUUGGCUACGGGAUUGGGGAACUGGACGGCUAUGGUUUCUAAACUUGCCCGGGAAGAGGAGAAGAAACAAAAGAAGGCCGGCGGGACGCAGAAACAACAGAAUUCGAGUGGAUGGUUCUCUGGCCUGAGCCUGUGGAGCAGUGGCAAUCCGGGAAGUAGUAACGGAAAAGCGGGAGGAGAAAACGGGGAUGAUCGGUGGGCGGCUGAGGCGAAAGUGAUCCAGGACCGAAAAAAGAGGGCGGCGGAGUUGUUGGAGGAUUUACCGCAGCCGCCGAGGGGGGUGUUUUCCUUUUUGCAGGCUUAG